AUGGCGGAUCAAUUCUUCAACUCAAUUGACGAUUAUGUGGGGCUCCAAACCGCCUCCAUUGCACUACUAUCGCUGGCAGUCAUCCCUAUUGUCGCUGGCUCUAUUUGCUCACUCAAACUACUCGAGAACCCAUUCUCUAAUGCCGUGAAAACUGAAAAGAAAUCACCGUCUCCUCGCGCUGCUCGAAGCUCUCGAUCGCGUUCAAGGUCCACCAGUGUCCAUCGCUACCAAACUAGAAGCCAAGACUACCAAGACAGCAACAGCAUCAGUAGCGACGACGAGGAUCUGAUCGAGAAGAUUGAUAUUUCCAAGGUCAUCAAUGUCAAGGACACGCUGCUUUUCCCUAUUAUUGCCUCUGCAUUGGUAUAUGCCGUGUCUCAUCUGAUUGAGACUGUCGAUCCAUUGUACGUCAACAAUGCCAUUAUGGUAUUGACAUCGAUUCUGUCCAUGACUGUAUUUUCGAGCACCACUGCCAUUGUUGCAGAGUCUAUUUUACCCAAGCAAGUCUUUGAUAGCGUUGGUAGAUUCAAGUUUAGCUAUACCAAGAAGAACAAGAAAUUAUGUCAUUUAAAUGUCACUUUGAUUCACUUGAUUAUCAUCGCGGUUUCCAUUGGCUUGGCCGUUGCCUAUGCAUGGACACAACAUUGGGUCAUUGGCAACCUGUAUGCCAUUUGUAUUGCCAUUCAGGCUAUUCGAUGCUUGACGCUGGAUUCAUUUGGUACAGGAUACUUGCUGUUACUGGGCAUGCUGGCCUACGACAUGUUCUGGGUGUUUGGCACAGAUACCAUGGAAUACCUCUCCAAAGUGCUGGUCUAUGCGCCAACCAGUGUUAUGUGGCCCAGAAAUAUCAAUACGUAUGUUCACAACACGUUGCUCAAGAGCGAUCACUAUUUCACCAUGUUUGGGUUAGGAGAAAUAAUUGUACCAGGCAUUUUCAUUGCUUACUGUUUGCGUGUGGAUCAGUCGAAUGCUUGGAGAAGCAGCAAGCCGAGAUCCUCCUUCCGUAAGCCUUACUUUACCUUGGCGUUGAUUUCCUACACAUUGACAGCAGGUGCUUCUAUAUACACGGUUCAUUUCACCAAAAAGUCUCAAUCAGCCUUUUUGUACGUCGUGCCUGCAUUGAUUUUGACAACGCUUGCUUUGGCAAUCUACAGAGGUGAGUUGAGUGCUGUGUGGGACGUAUCCGACAUCCUGGAGACGUUCAAAGAAAUCAAUGGGUUCCACACCGAGGAGUACAGGCCCACCCGAGAAGAGAGAUUAGCUGAGCGACAAGGCAACACAAGAUCCAGUAGAAGCGCAAGUGCUAGUGCAAGACGAGGUUCGACUGCGGGUGUCGUUGAAGAGGUGUUUGACGAGACCAGAAAGAUGGUAGCACCCAUCAUUGAAGAGGCGGCUGAGGUGACAUAUAAUGCAGCUGAAGAAGCUCGUAAGGCAAUGACUCCCUAUUACGAAGAGGCUGUCAAGAACACAACAAGAGCCGUGCAUGCAGUUGCUACCAAGGUGCAAGAGCAAACAGCGCUGGAUGAGGAUACAACCAUUGAGCAGGAUGUCAUUGCUCAACACAGGAAUGAUCCCGUUCGAUCCACUUCAAGAGGCCGUGGCCGUGGAAGAGGUCGUUCCCGUGGACGUGGCAGAAGUCGGUCUACAUCUGUAGCAGCCAGAAAGAGAAGUUCGAGUAGAGCCAGCAAGAGAAGCGCUUAG